CAUCGUCUCCCACAUCUCUUCUGGUUCUCUUUGUGUUUCCCUCAUCUGUUUCAAUGUUUGAACAGUAAGCGAAACCAAAGAAGAAAGAAAACAAUAAUAAUAAUAAUAAUACAGAGAGAUGGGAAGAGCUCCUUGUUGUUCUAAAGUAGGGUUGCAUAAAGGUCCAUGGACUCCCACGGAAGACACGUUGCUCGUCAACUACAUUCAAGCUCACGGUGAAGGUCACUGGAGAUCCCUCCCUAAGAAAGCAGGGCUGCUUAGGUGUGGAAAGAGUUGCAGGCUGAGAUGGAUGAACUAUCUAAGACCAGAUAUCAAGAGAGGAAACAUAACACCCGAAGAGGAUGAUCUCAUCAUCAGAUUGCAUUCUCUUCUCGGAAACCGCUGGUCUCUCAUCGCCGGACGGCUCCCUGGUCGAACCGAUAACGAGAUUAAGAAUUACUGGAACACCCAUCUCAGCAAACGUCUUUUGAGCCAAGGGACAGAUCCCAACACCCACAAGAGAUAUAUAGAAGUGACUGGUUGUUUAUUAAUUUGGUAUCAAUAUAAAUGUUCACAACCGGCAAGUUAG